GCGCUAGAGACCGCCUCCCUCUCCCCCGUCCCCCGCCCGGAGCCACCGGAGCAUCUCUGGGGCGUCGUACCGCCAGAGGCUGGGCAGGCUUGCUCCGCCGCUCCGCUCCGCACCGCACCCGGUGGGUAGCGGCGGCCGGUACGCCUGGGCGCUGCACUGCCCGCUUUGAGUUCCAUUUUGCAGCCCUCGCCCUUCGCCGCAGCCGGCUGCUCGUGCUCUCUCGGGAAAGGCGGGCCGCGGUGCAUCCGUGCUGCGGGCGCCCAGCCGGCCCUGCCCUGCCCUGCCUUCCAGGUAGAGCGGGCAGUCGUACCUCGCCCCCCGCCUGGCCGCGCCUCCAGCCCGCUGAUCUUCUCUUAGGGCAGCCCCAAGCCCCGAAGAGCCCGGCCUGCCCGGCCGGCAGCGAAAUGAGCUUCUUCGGCUUCGGACAGAGUGUGGAGGUAGAGAUCGUGCUGAGCGAUGCGGAGAGUAGGAAGCGGGCUGAGCACAAGACGGAGGACGGGAAGAAGGAGAAGUAUUUCCUCUUCUACGAUGGAGAGACGGUCUCCGGGAAGGUGAGCCUUGCACUCAAGCACCCCAACAAGCGGCUGGAGCAUCAGGGCAUCAAGAUCGAGUUCAUCGGGCAGAUCGAACUAUACUACGACCGCGGGAACCACCAUGAAUUUGUGUCCCUGGUGAAGGACUUGGCCCGGCCUGGAGAAAUUACCCAGUCGCAGGCCUUCGACUUUGAAUUCACCCACGUGGAGAAGCCGUAUGAGUCCUACACCGGGCAAAAUGUGAAGCUCCGGUAUUUCCUUCGAGCCACCAUCAGCCGCCGCCUCAAUGAUGUUGUCAAAGAGAUGGACAUUGUAGUUCACACCCUCAGCACAUACCCAGAGCUGAACUCUUCCAUCAAGAUGGAGGUGGGGAUCGAGGACUGUCUGCACAUUGAGUUUGAGUACAACAAGUCCAAAUACCACUUGAAAGACGUCAUUGUGGGGAAGAUAUACUUCCUGCUGGUGAGAAUCAAAAUCAAGCACAUGGAGAUAGAUAUCAUCAAGCGGGAAACAACGGGCACAGGCCCCAACGUGUACCAUGAGAACGACACGAUAGCCAAGUAUGAGAUCAUGGAUGGCGCGCCCGUGAGAGGAGAGUCCAUCCCGAUCCGGCUCUUCCUGGCCGGCUACGAGCUCACCCCCACCAUGCGGGACAUCAACAAGAAGUUCUCGGUGCGCUACUACCUCAACCUGGUGCUUAUAGACGAGGAGGAACGGCGCUACUUCAAACAGCAGGAAGUGGUGUUGUGGCGGAAGGGUGACAUCGUACGGAAGAGCAUGUCCCACCAGGCAGCCAUCGCCUCACAGCGCUUUGAGGGCACGACCUCCCUGGGUGAAGUGCGGACCCCCAGCCAGCUGUCUGACAACAACUGCAGGCAGUAGGCCCCAAGGGCCAAGGAGCUGCUGGGCUUCCACCCAGCACCCCGAUCUAGCAAACACCAGCGGCUAGGGGAGGUGGACGAUGGUGUGAUGCUCAGCUGACCCAUUACCUGCAACCUGAAAACAAAUCAUGUUUUUGACUUAAAUUCUUUUUUCUGAAGAAAUUGAGAGGCUUGGGCUGGGAAGCAGUCUCCUUGGGAUUCUGAGGCUGGUGUGGGAAUAGCAACAGGUAGCAUCCUGGAAGCUAGUGUAUCUCUGGGAAAAGAGCCCUCUGUUGAGGCCUUGCACGCGGACUGCGUCACAUUGUAUAGGAGAGCAGCAGAAUGCCAGCAUCCUUGGCUCUGACCCUGUGGUUUCCUGAUACAGUAUCUGACCAUAUCCCUGGGGAUUCUGAGCUGCCAGCAGGACCCCAGGUAGUCACGUCUUGCCCUCCCCUCUAUGUUCCUGAGGUAGUGGCAGGAGUUGGGCCUGCCCCAUCCUAAGUGGCCAGGGCAGACUCAAGACCAGGAGGCUUACCUCUUAGGGAGUCUUGGAUGUGGUGCUUUGAAGUUUCCACACACCACCUCCUUUCUUGCCUUUCUCUCCCUGCUGGGACCCAGGCACUCCAUUCUCCAUCUUCUUUGGAUUUUUGUCAGUAACAUCCUAGAAGCCUGUAGAAGUAGAAGGGCCUUUGGCUGAUUGUCCCCUCACCUGUGAGAAAUCCUUGCAGACACCCGGCAGUCAGUGUCAGACCUGGAUAGCAGCGGUGUCAAACACAGGAGGCCGAGCCAGCCCACUAAGGAAGACAUAUGGUAACUGCAUGGUAGCUGUCUGCCUUCACCGGGACCCCACUCAUCAGCGCUGAGGGCUGGGUGGUUUUAGGGUAUUGUCCUGUGUGCCCCAGUAAGCCUAAACAAAGACAUCUGUUUCCUUCCAAGAACAGAUCCUGGGACGGGGCCUUGAUCGCUUUGCUUCCGUCGUUAAGGGUGGGUCCUCAUCACUCCGUGCUCUCCGUUUCGUUUCUGAGAAUUGGGGCUGGGUUUCAACCACUUGGAAGUUUUGUUAUUACGAUCACCCAAGUCCCUUCACUCCCUACCUAAACCUAAGAGUUAAGGGGGGCGACGAGGGGCCUCAUUAGAAGACUGCUAUACAACUUCAGAAUAAUUCUGCUUGCCAAAUUAUGUCUUCAUCUUCACCAGUUGACUGACCGACCAGAGUCUAGAACCAUUCGUGUUUUUGUUUAAAAACAUAUACAGAAACUCGUGGAUAUUCUUGUUACAGUAGAGGAGAGGUUUAUCCCUGUUGUGCUGUGCUUGGGCCUAUUGUAGUAAAAGUGUUGACAUCCUUCUCUGCCUCAUCUGGAAAUGACCAGGAAUUACUCCUAUUGGCCUCCCUUCCCUUCUAGGAAGACCAGGCAGACCUCACUGGCCAAGAAGUACAAUACUUGGCGGUCUGAGUACUCUGUAAUUUGGAAAGCAGAGGGGUUGGUUCCUGUGUCAUCUUUCAGUUAGUAAGGACAAUGGGUCCUCCUGUUUUCCUCAAAAAUCUGUAAUUGUGGGCCUUUGAGCAGGGCUCAUGGAUCAGAAGUGAGACUAGGUGGAAAGGCAUUUGGGAUAACACUUGAGGUUGACUGGGGGCAGUAGAACCAAGAAAGGUGAGGUGGUUUCCCCCAUGCUGGACCCUGAGUUCAGGUGCGACGGACAAUCCCCAUGGGAACAGGAUCACCCAUCCAGCUGCCCCUGGAUUUUUCAAGGUUGGGACUUACGUGUAUGGGGGAGGCAGGUUCUGUGUUCCUUGCCUUUUUCAGAGCAUGAGAUUAGGCUCUGUUGUGCCUCCCAUAAUAAAUGGUAUUCUAACUAGAAAGCAUCUGUCAAUUCCUCUGCCUCUCAACUGACAAAGCUUUCCAACUUUCCUAACAUCUUAAAUCUUGCUUCUGGGAGAACGAGAAGAUAGAAUUUGCUUUUAUUCUCUCAGGAGCUGUGCACAAGCCAGGUCUUUUUUCUUACUCUGCCCCCAUUCUCUACUUCUCUGUCCAACUGUGGAAGUGAGGGGAGGCUCCUGUCCUCCUCUGUCAAGGUUCCCAAAUGUGGGCGUGUAUAGGUACUAAACCAAGCAGUGCAACUUGUAAUUAAGCAGCUGCAGUGUUUACAUGUUUCUUAAUGUGUCGUCUUUUCAAUGGCUGUAUUUUAAAAAAAAGAACACUUGUUUCAAUUGUCUCUGAUUAAAGGAAGCCCUGUGGCUUGGAGGCAUUGUGCCCAUGUUCCACCAGG